UAGCUGCAGGUCCCUCAGUGAGCGCUGCUUGGGCCUAGUCACUGACCGUUCGCUACUUGUUUUCAGCGGCUGCCGUGCAGUAGUCGGGACGCUGUAGAUUUCUGCAGGAGGCGUUCUACUGACGGUGACCGACAUGGUGCCGUCUACAUCAGACAUGACAGACAUUGACAAGAUUGAUAUGUCGCUUGAUGACAUUAUUAAGUUAAAUAAGCAAGAACAGCAAAGUCAAGCAUUGUUCAAUGGAGGAACACAAACCAAUUUUUUUCAACAAUUUAGAAACAAGGGAAAGUGGGGUGCUCGACGGCAGACAGGUGCUGGAAACAUGGGAGUGCACAAGCGUCCAUAUGGUGUCAAGACAGCAUUGCGUAGGAUGUCGUCUUGGAGUGGAGUUGGUCAUUUGAAUCGUUCACUUCACAUGAGGAAUUCGGCACCUCAGCGGCUACCUUUCAGACGAAGAAUUAACUUUUCAAGACCCAUGGAUUUGGCAAGCAAGUCUUCAUCAGCAUUUAACAGAUAUCCCUUUAAUAGUUAUUCUAAUGCAAAUACAUUUAGAAGUGGAGUGAGAAUGAGGCAGCAGAGAGACACUCGACAAGCCACAUAUUUCCUUAGGAGAGGCCUGAAGGUCCAGGCAGGAAUGGAAAGUGCUCAACAUGAAGAAAUUCAGGACCUGAACAGAAAAAAUGCAUGGAGAACAUCUAUGAACAGAAGUGGUCUUCUGACUGUAUCAUUUGGCAAUCCUUCUGCUUUACCAAGCAGUAGUAUGGGAACAAUGCUGCCGAGACCACCAUUGCCCUUUUUAUUGAAAAAGGAGGGUGCAGAACCAAAGGUUCCCAAGGGUGUCCCUCUUGACUUUGACAUAAACAGUGUUGCUAAACAGACUGGAAUCACACUUAAUGAACGCUUCAAGAUUCUGAAGGAACAAAGACUAUCUCAGCCUCUGAACAAAGGAAGCAGAUUUGUGACUGUGGGAUGAGAUUGGUUUCUUGCCUAGGGCUGUGCUCUGUUUACGUUCCUUUUAUUUUUUUUUUUACCUGACUUUAACUGCAGAGAUCAAGAUGUUAUGUCUCCUGCACCAAGGCUUUGGCUCUUCAUAUUUGUUUUUUGAGAGCUCAAGAGAGCUAAAAUGGAGAUUUUUCGUAUUGUUUGUACUGUGAAAUAUGGAUAAAAGAAUUUAUAAGCCUGGAAAAGUGUGACAUGGAAUUCUUCAGUCACUAUUCACAAACCUUGGCUAGAGUCGAGAUACUGUUAUGACUACAGAUACAUAGUAAGCAUUUUUUUUAUUUUGCUGGAGGAGAUGGUUUCCAUAAAGCGGACUGUUGAUGUUUUCCUACACUGUUAUUUCUUGUACAGUUUUAUGUAUGCUAUACAACCUGUAUAAUUAUUAGACAUCAGAGUCCUUCAGAAUGAAGAUUUACCUUAUUCCAAAAUAUUCAGUUUCAGAAGAAUAUUGUCUGCCGAAGUCUUGUUACUACAGGUUGCCCUCAUGUUAUGGAAAGUCCGCCCCUACUUUUAUUAACGUUCUGACACUACACUGUUAGAAACCUGUUAACUUCAUUUUCAACAUUUUGUAAGAGUUUAUCAGCAAUCAUUUUCAAGCUAAAGUAUUAAGACCUGUUGGGUUUAAUAAAGAGCAACAUUUUGCUUGUUUAGCUAUAAACUGUGGCAAGGAUUUUGCCAAGAAGUGCACUGUGAAGUGUUGCUAAGUAGCAUUUCUGAAAAUGUUAAUGUUUUGUUAACACUUCAAUAUUUAGGUUGAAAUUUUGGUUGGGAUCUUGCCAAGCAUACAGACCAUAAAUAGUUUGUUUCGGUGAAUGACAUUUUUGCUACAGUUAAAUUAUGUUGAUAAAACAAUAUUGUAUAUCUUACCUUUUCAUAAUAAACAGUUCUGCACAACAGGAUGUUCUUAUUGAGACGUUU